UUUGUGUCCAUGCAGCAACACAUCUCACUUCGCUCUUACAACAGAAGCAGCAAACGCUACAAAGCUUUUGUAAGAGCACAAGGAGAAACCUUCUGUCUGAAGAUGAAGUUUUCCUGGUCUCUUCUUGUUGCCAUAUUGGCUACGGCCUCUUCCUUUGCCUCCGCUUACGAUCCAAGUCCUCUCCAAGACUUCUGCGUCGCCAUUAAUGACCUCAAGAGCGGCGUGUUUGUGAAUGGGAGGUUUUGUAAGGAUCCUCAACUAGCCAACGCCAAUGAUUUCUUCUUCUCCGGUCUGAACAAGCCCGGAAAUACCAAUAACCAAGUCGGUUCGAACGUUACAACGGUGAACGUCGACCAGAUUCCCGGCCUGAACACAUUGGGAGUGUCUUUAGUACGCAUAGACUAUGCCCCUUACGGCCAGAACCCGCCUCACACUCAUCCUCGUGCCUCGGAGAUUCUCGUGGUCAUCGAGGGAACUCUACUCGUCGGUUUCGUCUCGUCCAAUCAGGACAACAACCGUUUCUUCUCUAAGGUCUUGUACCCUGGUGACGUUUUCGUCUUCCCCAUCGGUAUGAUCCAUUUUCAGGCUAAUAUCGGGAAGGUGCCCGCGGUUGCGUUUGCGGGUCUCGGCAGUCAGAACCCUGGAGUUAUCACGAUCGCAAACGCUGUUUUCGGGUCGAACCCUCCGAUCAAUCCAGAGAUUUUGGCGAGGGCGUUCCAGCUGGACGUGAAAAUCGUUAAGGAGCUUGAGGCUAAGUUUGCGGCCUGAAGUCUAUUGAAACGACACAACAUAUCGUGAGAAUGCGCCACUUUGUUAUCUUGUGACAAAAGUUAUAUAAUGUAAUAAAACAACGGUUUUGGGCCGUUAUCUUAUCUGUCAUAGAUUCAUAUAUAUUGGCUUUGUGUAAUAUCCCUGCCGUGGACAUUUCGAAGUUGGUUUUUGCAAUUAAUAAAUGAUAAAUACUUAUCUUAUCAAA